UCAAUGAAUUUUAAAAUGGGCCUUAACAACCCGGGAGUAUCGGCUUUCCCUGAGGAAGACAACAUCUUCUGUUGGAAAGGGGCAAUAAAAGGAAGCAAAGAGACUGUGUUUGAAGGAACUGAGUACAGACUCUCACUCUCUUUCUCCAAUGACUAUCCUUUCAAGCCUCCAAAGAUCAAGUUCCAGACUACUUGCUUCCACCCCAAUGUUGAUGUCUAUGGCAAUAUCUGCUUGGACAUUCUUCAGGAUAAAUGGUCAUCUGCUUAUGAUGUGAGGACAAUACUACUAUCAAUCCAGAGUCUUCUGGGAGAACCGAACAUCAGCUCACCAUUGAACACUCAAGCAGCUCAGCUCUGGAGCAACCAAGAAGAGUAUAGGAAGAUGCCUCCCACCAGUGCAUGAUUCAAUCAACAGAAGAAGCACAUUGAUUUGUUUUUUAUUAUUUGUUUUUCUGUAACAAUUAUCGUUCAGUUUUAUUUUUGAGCCAAAUAGUGACAUAAAAUAAUGUGAACGAGUGAGUUUUGAUUUGAGUA